UGAGCGGCGCUAUGGCUGAUGAGAAGAAAGCACAGCAAGCAUCCAAGAAGGGCGCGAAGAAAAUCAUCAAGAAGACGCCAGCGAAGAGUGGUAGAAAGAGGAAGCGGACCAGGAAAGAAAGUUACUCCAUCUACAUCUACAAAGUGAUGAAGCAGGUUCACCCUGACACCGGCAUCUCCUCCAAGGCCAUGAGCAUCAUGAACUCGUUCGUUAACGAUAUUUUCGAGCGUAUCGCGGGGGAGGCUUCCCGCCUGGCCCAUUAUAACAAGCGCAGCACCAUCAGCUCCCGGGAGAUCCAGACCGCCGUGCGGCUGCUGCUGCCCGGGGAGCUGGCCAAGCACGCCGUGUCGGAGGGCACAAAGGCGGUGACGAAGUACACCAGCUCCAAGUGAAGGACCGCACUGCACUGAAACAAACACACAUCCACAACCCAAAGGCUCUUUUAAGAGCCACCCACGACUUCCCUGAGACAGCUGAACCAUUUUGAGUUGUUAGUUUUAGUUUGCAUAUGAUUUUUCAUGAGGCAUUUUAACUUCUCAUGCUA